GUCGCCGACAUAUCAGCAUGUCCAUCACUAACACCGCACUCCACAACAACUGAUAGUAAUUGUGAUUUGAAUGCGUCUGUAUCGACUACUUCAACUACUAAUAAUAAUACUUCAACAACAACGACCACUCAACAAUCAUCUUCAAAUAAUGCGAAGACCACACGUAAAUGGGGACAGUGGAAUAACACCGAGACCAGUCUGUUUUAUGAAGGCAUUAAGCAGUUUGGAAAGGAUUUUGAUCAGAUAGCGAAAUUGAUGAGUCGACGAAAGAUGAAUAAGGAUAAGGAGCAAAUCCGUAAUUAUUAUUUCAACUCGUUCAAAUUACUUCGUUCGAUUGUUAUGAUCGAUGAAAGUUUGUUGUUUCGUUCAUUAUUAUUUUACGAACAUCGCUUUUUUUGGAAUAUUCGAACAGAAUAUUCACGAACUGAUGUAAAAUUUUUGCUCGAUUCUUUUUUAUUUAGAUGGACGUCAGUGAAAAGAAAAAAGAAACCAGCAGUACCUAUACGAACACCAGUAUGUCCAGCUCUACAGAAAUUAUUCCCAAGUUGUCAAAAAGCAGAACAGCCUCUGCCGUCGCACAUUUUCAUUUAUUUAUCACCAAAGAAUGAAUCCGAUCGAAAUUACGUUGAGUCUUGUGGGCAGAAUGCGCUGAUACGUAUCAAACUUUUGCUGAAUGAUCAACUCAAAUCGAUCUUCAAAUUGCUCAAAAUCAAAUGGACUCACCCGCUGCAGAAAGCGUUUGAUGAUGUUGAUUCGAGUUGGAAAGGGUCAUCAUUCAGCGUGAGUAUAUUUCCGGAUAAAAGUACUCGUCUUGGUCGAUUGUACGUACGACAUGUUGAGGAUUCUGGUUCAAAUAUUUUUUCUAUGAAUAGAUUGCGAAAAGAACGGAUUCAGCGUUGUGCAGACGAUACAGAUGAGCACAGCAAUCAUAGUGACAGUGCCACUACGGCGCGAUUGACUUCGGCUUGUGACGCAGCCCAUUCUGGUCAUCUUCAUUCCAAUAAUAUUGCAGAUGCAAAUCAAGAAAUAACAAAUAUGCUUUCGAAGGAUUCAACUAAAGAAACGAACUCGUUUAUACUAAAUGAAGUCACAUUACGUGCCGGCUUAAACGAAAAUUCUGUUGGAGAUGCGACUGUCACUGAAUUAUUUUAUAUUUGUGGAAUGGAACAGAAUAUUUCUCUGCAAUAUUCAAUAAAUCGUCCCAAGAAUCGAGACGUCCAACCCUGGAAUGUGUUCGUAUCAUUGAUCACUCGCAAUUACGGUGAAAAUUUUGCAAAGAUAAUGGCCGAACCGGAGAGUACAGAUGAGGUGCAACCGGUGAUGGUGACUGUGGAAGAUCGAAGUCGUAAAAGGCGUACAUCAUCGUCCAAUUCCAAUGAUACCAAUAAUUGCACUACCAGCAGUAAUGCUACAAGUUCACAAAAAACGGCACUCUCGUCAACUUCUAAGUCGAUUGCAAUAAUUAAUGCUCAUAGCACUGAGAACAAUACUUCAGCAGCCGAUAAUAAUUCGAAUGUAAAUUCGAAUCAAUGCGCUCCGGUGGUUGAGUCAGAGAAUAACGCGUUCAUGUUACAACUGGAGAGUUUACAAACCAAAAAACGCUGUAAAGCAUAUACCCAACGAACACAACCCAAGCGAAUUGCAUUGCCUCGAAAUGCAUCGAACAACACCAACAACAAAAAUAAUAUUUAUGGAAGUGGAUCACACAACAUCGCUUACACUAACAACAGAUUCGAUAUGGUCACCAAUGUGAACGUAUCAAAUUCACUCGUAACGUCAGCCAACCUCAACGACAAUAAUUUCUGCUAUCAAAAUGCUGUCGACUUCUCAUCAAUCGCACCCUCAACGUCGAUUAUUCUCGACAAUAUCGCCAGCCAACAUCAGAAUAUUCCUGCCGACUUAUAUCAACUACAACCGUCAGCAGUAUCUUCUGCUGUCGCACAGCAACACGAUGAGUAUUCACCCAACGAAGUGAUUCGUUUGAAUAACUCUGAUCCGAGUGCAGCACCGUUAAACAAUUAUGGCGUCUAUCAUCCUGGUGCUAAUAACGAUACUAAUCGAAACAAAACGUUAACCGAACUGAGUGCAGUCGACUUGGUUGGUGCGAAUAGUUCAGUUUCAGCAGCGACAAAUUCAGUGUCGUUGGAUAUGUCACCGUUUAAAGGUAAUAGCAGUUUGCCGGAAGAUGUGAAGUAUUCGUUCGAGAUGAUGAUGCAGCAGAACAGUAUUGAUUAUUGUCGAAACUUUGAGCAGUUACUCACCUCGAUCGAUACUCCGAAAAAGGUGCACUUCCAUUAG